GUCUCUUGUGGAGGAAAGUUGCUUGUUCUACAUGCUCAUAGCCUACAUGUGUGAGCUUAAAGAGGUGGUGAACAGUGCCUAUGAAGGGACUUGUGGGCUCCUCCUCAAGGAGGAUGACCUCCAUAUAGAGAAUGAGAACCAUGCUUUCCUGGCUCUAAUCUAGUAAGUCUAAUACAGGAAAGAAGAUGAACAUAUUCCAAUAGUAUUUUUUGCCCAUAUCCACUUACCUGGGGUCUCAAUCAACAUCUGUCACUCUGUCCCCCUGGCUCUGAUGGAAAUGAUUUUGAGUGGCAGGAAGAAAGAAUGGGCUUUCAGACUGCUUCUUUUCCAGAGGAAGGGGUCAUUAAUUCACUCUGCAAUUAUUUUAGGAGGCCAGAAGGUGGUAAGAUUUAAUGAUGAGGGUUUUACUUAUACCUUUGAAGGCACGUAUUUUGCUUACCUGUGGCUGAAACUGACAGAGAUGCCAUGUAAAGCAGCUGCUCCUAGAGCAACAUUAGCAGUUAGUGUCACUGGAGGAAUAACAGACCAGAUCACUGCUUCAAAGACAGCUCAGGGAGGUGACAUAGAAAACAAUUCCUGGACUGAGGUACUGCCUAUAGGUUUGGUCUUCCACAUCAUGGUGACCUGUGGAGGAGUAGCAUGCUCCCUUGGGGAUUGUGCUGAUGCAAGGAAAUAGAUGUCUAACACUUGUAAGCACAGUGAUAAGAGGAAAGAGAACUGGAAUCUGACCAGGAAAAUAAGCAUUCCCAUAGAUGCAACUGCCUUGAUUACCAAGGGGAAAAAGUCAAGUAUUUAUAUUGUUACAAGGCAGCUGAAUGGGUGCUUCAUAUAUGUUCAGAUG